AUGACGGGCGACCUCGUCGAACUUCAACGCCGGAUUGAUGGCUAUUCGUCCUCGGAUAGCGAGCAGGACGCGCCAGCAGCCGCUUCUUCGUCCCAUGCGGCAACUGACAAGGAUGAACCGGAACAGGAGGCGGGAAGAAGCGAUCCGGACGGGAGGAUUAACCCCGACUCGGAAAAGUCCGACACAGAUGAGGACGAGGUCUUCGAUCUUGCGGCGGUCGUGGCAGAAGGCCGACAGCGCCGUUUAGAGCGAAGAAAGGAGGCGCGGAAGGCAGAAGAAGACGCGAAGAACGGAAUAUCUCCAGGCGUUAAGCUCCCCUGUCCCGCUCGGGAAAUGGAGCUCAUGGCCGAGCGAGUGCGCGAGGAGGCAGCACAGCGGGAACUGCAUGCGCGGCGUUCGCGCCAAAGGCCGGAGGAGUUGACGCAUGUCUCUGCUGGCGGAGACACAUCUCAAGGCCUCAGUCGACGCGAACGGCGACGGCAAAAGAUCGAAAACGCCACCAAAAAGCCUCAGCAGGUGUACGUCGGGCUUCCGAUCGGGAAGUCUUGGCACGUGCCGCUCGUGGGAAUUGAAGGUCGAGGAGGCUACAGGAAAGCGGCAGAAGAGGAAGAGGAGACUGAGAAGGCCGGAGAGAAGCGGAAAGCGAGUUUGACGGUGAAGGAGAGAGAGAAGUUGAAGCGGAAGAAGGGACAGAGCUCACAUGCGACGUGGAAACCGGAACUCUGGAUGCAACUGCGACAACAGUUCGACUGA